AACUGGAUUCCGUUUUAAGGAGCAGCGCUUAGGACGAUUCGCUUCAUUUUUAGAAUUUACUUUUCUCGGUGUAGCUAUUUCUACAGAGCCGCGAUUGUUAUUGCUUGUCCAGUGAUAAUGACACAAAUUUCUGAGCGAUCUGCUUUGUUGCCGUUCCGUUCCUGUUGAUUAACGCAGAUACAAAGGCGAAUUAAUGAAGCGAUUGAGGUUAAGGGGUCAAAUCAGUGCGGGUAUCUGUGAGGAAAUACCAGAUAUUUCCUGUCCCAAGAUCCGUACUGCUCGGCCAUCAACUAAGAUCGGCCCAAGUGGAGCCACCCCUGACCCCCAAAAGCCACCCCCGCUGGCUGGAGAUCCAUUGAUUGCAUGUUGCCAGUGGCUAGUUGCUGCUGUGCUGUUGCUGCUGCUGCUGCUGCUACUGAUGUCGCCAGUUGCUGCUGUCGCCACUCAAUUGCUUGUCGCGCGCCGUGAUUGCGCAUCCCCAUGCGGCGCUUUCAGUUGGCAAUGCGAGCACGACUCGGCCACAGUCUCCGGCCUCCGGUCUCCAGCCUCUGAUCUCCGGCUCGUCAUUCUCCGGCUCUCCAUUCUCGGUUUGGGUUACGUCCCGUUCGGUUCGGUUCAGUUCGCCAAACUGCGUUUCGCGAAAAAUUGCGUUUAAUUAAAGUAUAAAGGCCAGCGCGCUCCUCAAUUACGGCUGCUCGUGGGAUGAGUCGCCACAGCCAGCUGAAGCUAGCGAUGCCCUCGGUGCACGGGGCUCCAGCUGCUGCUGCUGCUCCUGCUCCUAGGGCUCCUGGCGUGAAGCUGGGCCUGGGCGUUAAUCAGCGGACAGGUCGGGUGCAAUGGUGUCCAGGCCUGACCUGCUGCAAAUUGCUUCUACUGCUUCCAGUGGUGAUGCUGCCGCUGACCCUGGUGCUCAUCCUGAUCAUGCGGCUGGACGGGAUGCUGGCAGCGCUGCAACUGAGCGAGCAGAGGAUGCGCGAUCACCGCUACUCCGCGGCCGAAGAUGCAACCUACGUUGAGGACUACGGCAGCACCUACAACGAGCUGCUCAGGGAGGAGUUCCUGCUGCCGGCGGACAAGCGGGCCCAGCUGGAGCUCCUGAAAGCGGAGCGGGCACGGCGCUGCCAGCCCUACCGCUACGGGAUUGGAGAGGCCAUGGAGCUGGAGGAGCGCAACUCGCUGAUGAAGGACUCGCGCACCUCCUUCCUGCCGCUGGGCAUACCCCGCGAGUGCCUGGGCAGUGGCCUCGACCUGGACAUCAAGCCCCUGGACGAGGAGCUCGACCGGGGCCAGACGAAGCGCUACGAGGACAUGGCCCCCUACUGGCUGGAGUGGAGCAGGACGCGGGAGCGGCGCGAGGCGGAACGCCAGGCCGAGGAGGAAACCAGUCGCAGCGACCUGAUCAGCGAGGCCACCGCCGCCCUGCAGAGCUUCUGGAACGAGGAGGGCACCCGCGAGGGCAUCCGCCUGACCCAGGCCAAGACCAUGAAGCGCUACAUGGACAGCAAGGUGGAUCCGUGCGUGGACUUCUACAAGUACGCCUGCGGCAACUGGGAGCGACUGCACCCGAUACCCAAGGACAAGGCCGGAUUUGACACCUUCGAGAUGCUGCGCGAGAGUCUGGACCUGGUGCUGCGUAAUCUGCUGGAGAAGAAUGCUCCAGCGCCACCUGCUGCGGAGCCCAGGAAGAGUCCGGUGCGGAACACGCUCUUCAAACUCAACGAGCAGGGCGAGGGCGAGGGGGAGGCUGACCAGGCGGCGGAACGCCUGCGCCGGCACAUCGUCAGCAAGAGGCAGUUGCUCAACCGCGUCCUGGUGCGGUACAAGCGCUACACCAACGGAACCAAGCGGAAACGCCUCAUCGAGACUCCGCGUGAGAGGACCAAGGAGGAAGAAGCUGCUCCACCCACCGUCCUGACCAAGGAAAGGUCCAAAGACACCGAGGAGCAGCUGCAUGUGCCCAGUGACUGGCUGAAGCCCCAGCACGACGCCCAGGCCAAGGCCAAGAACCUGUACCGCUCCUGCGUGAACAGCCAGGUGCUGGCCAAGCGCGGCCUGGAGCCGCUGCACACGCUCAUCCGGGAACUGGGCGGCUGGCCCGUGCUGGAGCCCCAGUGGAGCGACGCCCACUUUAACUGGCAGGUGCUGGCCGCCACGUUGAGGCGCUACAACAACGACAUCCUCAUCGUCCAGUGGGUGGGGGCGGACAUCAAGAACUCCGAGGAGAACAUCGUGCAGUUCGACCAGACGGGCCUCGGCCUGCCCACCCGCGAGUACUUCCUGCAGCCGAGCAACACCAAGUAUCUGCAGGCCUACCAGCGCUACAUGGCCGAGGUGAUGCACAAGAUGGGCGCCUCCAGAGCGGACGCCCAGCGGGUGGCCAGCGAGCUGGUGGUGUUCGAGACGCAGCUGGCCGGGAUCACGGCCCCGGCGGAGCAGCGACUCAAUGUGACCAAGCUCUACAAGCGCAUGACACUGGACCAACUGCAGGCGGCGGUGCCGGAGAUCAAGUGGCGUGCCUAUUUGCAGAGCCUGCAGGACCGCGAGGUGCUCGCCUCCGAGGAGGUGGUCAUCUACGCGGUGGAGUACAUGAGCAAGCUGGUUAGCCUGCUGGAGGAAACCGAUCCGCGGACGGUGGCCAACUAUAUGAUGUGGCGCUUCGUGAGGCACCGCAUCAACAACGUGGACGAUCGCUUCGACGACAUCAAGCAGCACUUCUACCACGCCCUCUUCGGGCGGGAGGAGAGUCCGCAGCGGUGGAAGGUGUGCAUCGCCCAGGUGAACACCAACAUGGGCAUGGCCGUGGGCUCGAUGUUCGUGAGUCGCUACUUCGACAAUAACAGCAAGCGGGACACUUUGCGGAUGACCCACGACCUGCAGCAGGCCUUCCGCGACAUCCUGAAGACCACCGACUGGCUGGACGCCACCACCAAGCAGCUGGCCGAGCAGAAGGUCAACGCCAUGUCCCUGAAGAUCGGCUAUCCGGACUUCAUCCUCAAUCCGGGCGAGCUCAACAGCAAGUAUGCGGGCAUCGAGAUCCAUCCGGACAAGUACUUCGAGAACACGCUCAACGUCCUGCUCCACACGGCCCGCACGGAGCAGGCCAAGUUGCACGAGCGGGUCAACAAGACCAACUGGCAGACGGCGCCGGCCAUCGUGAAUGCGUACUACAGCAGGAACAAGAACCAGAUCAUGUUCCCCGCCGGCAUCCUGCAACCGCCCUUCUACCACCGCCACUUCCCCAAGUCCCUCAACUUCGGGGGCAUCGGCGUGGUCAUCGGCCACGAGCUCACCCACGGUUUCGACGACAAGGGCAGGCUCUUCGACCGGAACGGCAACAUCCACAAGUGGUGGACGGACUCCUCGAUCCGCGGAUUCGACGAGCGGGCUCGCUGCAUCAUAGCCCAGUACAGCAAUUACACCGUGGAGGAGGUGGGCAUCGUCCUCAAUGGAGAGAGUACGCAGGGUGAGAAUAUCGCAGACAAUGGAGGGCUGCGCCAGGCAUUCCACGCCUACCAGCGCUGGCUGAAGGAGCACCCCAACGAGGUGCAGGACGAGGUCCUGCCGGGCCUCAACAUGACGGGGUCGCAGCUGUUCUUCCUCAACUUCGGACAGGUGUGGUGCGGGGCGAUGCGCCCGGAGGCCAUUAGGAACAAGCUGAACACGGCCAUCCACAGUCCAGGGCGCUUCCGGGUGAUCGGAACGCUCUCGAACUCCUACGACUUUGCGCGGGAGUUCAACUGUCCCGUGGGUGCGCCCAUGAAUCCCGUCAAGAAGUGCAGCGUGUGGUAGUCCCGCCACCGAAGCCACAGCCCAAGAGUAUUAGAAAUGACGUAUGCCACGCAGUCCUAGGCUAAAGACCGAAGGCAAGCCAGUUGGGUUCAAUUGACGGAGCAGCCAGCUGGCGAUUCACAAAGACAUGCCUCGGAUCGAAUAGGAUGGGAUUUUUUUGACUCCCGUCACAAAUGAGAUACAGUGCCAAAAAUGAAUUUUCAAAUCUAUAUAUUUUUCUUAGUCCUUAACUAUUUAUAUUUGUAACUUGCAAUGGUUUAGUUUAUGAUGCAAUUUAUGUUUGUGAUAAUUCUAAUUAAAUGUAUAUUAUCAAG